AUGGCGAGCAACGGUAUUACAAACGGCCAUAAUGGCGUCAAGAACGGCGAUAGCGAGAACGGCUGGUAUGAUCCGACUAAGAUCUGGACGACGCUGUUGACAAACCGCGGCUAUUUCGGUGGUCUAUUGGUGCUUCACCACUCUUUGCGCCGACAUCGCAGCAAGUACCGUCUCGUCGUUAUGGUGACUCGCGCAGUCGAAGAGGACACAGAGUAUAUGGAUGCUUUCGCUGCUGCUGGUAUUUCCACUAUCGUCGUCGAUAAGAUCGAGCCGGCGCCUCGCGAUGGCAAGAUUAAUAAGGGGACGUGGGAGAAGUUGGCCCCGUGGUCGUUUACACAGUACAAGCGUGUCGUCCUCCUUGACAGCGACCAAGUCAUUCUACAGAACAUCGACGAGAUGAUGGAGGUCGAAAUCCCUGAGGGUUGGAUCGCGAGCACUCACGCUUGCACCUGCAACCCGCGGAAGCUCCCGCACUACAGCAAGGACUGGGUCCCCGCCAACUGCGCCUUCACGGCCGCGGACCAAGAGACUGGCCAACCAGCUCUUAUCACGCCCCAGAGCCCGAAUAACCACCACUUGCUGAAUAGCGGUACAGUCAUCCUCGAGCCGUCCAAGGCGCAGUUCGACGCGCUGAUCGAUGCUAUGAACACUCAUCCCGACGUCCCCAACAUGAUCUUCUUCGACCAGGAUUUACUGGCUAUCGUGUACCGCGGCCGGUGGAAGCCCUUACCGUACCACUAUAACGCCCUAAAACCCAUGCGUGCUUGCCACGACGGUCUCUGGAAUGAUAAGCAUGUUAAGAUUCUGCAUUAUAUCUUAAAUAAGCCCUGGAAGAGCCGCAGCUACGAUGCUAAAGAUACUAUCGAGUCGACGCAUAAGCUGUGGUGGGACGAGUAUGCGCAGGUGGAGAAGGAGUGGACGGAGAGUAAGGACGAGAAGAAGAGGGAGUUGUGGAGGAAUGUUGUUGUGCCUGUUGUUGCGCAGGAAUGA